CUUUUCCCCGGCAACUCUGUCGGCAUCCGCCAUGGCCACCCCGCAGGAGCGACACCCGGAACUUUUCCGGCCAGUGAACAACGAGUCUCCCCGGGGAAAGACACGAAGCGUCCCUCUCGAAUGCCUAUGUCUGGGAUUCAACCGGACGGGUACCGCAUCAAUGUGCAACGCGCUGGAAACCCUCGGGCUCAGCUGCUGGCACUCGACCCAAUUCAUGUCCAAUAAAUUCGGCGACAUCGAGAUGUGGCAAGAAGCAGUCAACCGGAAGUUCUUCAACGCGCCGGGGCCGAUGUACGGACGGGCGGAAUUCGACCAGCUGCUACACGACUACGGGGCGAUCUCGUCGGACACGCCGGCCAUCGCCUUCGCGGACGAUCUGAUCGAAGCCUACCCGGACGCGAAAGUAGUCCUCGUCGAGCGGGACAUCGACUCCUGGUACGAGAGCUGGAUGAACGGCGUGAUCAAGAAUACCUUCGAUCCGCUCGUCACGAUCAUCUACACCAUCGACCGGUGGUUCACGCAUCCGUUGGGGCGCGUGCACAAGUCGACGUUCGAGGGUUGGUUGGGCAUCAAGAAUCCCGAGGAUGCGAAGCGGGUGAGUAAGGAGAAAUACCGGGAGCACUACGCCCUCGUCCGCCGGUUGACGCCUCCGGAGCGUCUCCUGGAAUUCAAGAUGAGCGAUGGGUGGGGACCGUUGUGCGAGUUUCUGGGAAAGCCGGUGCCGGAGGUGCCGUUUCCGCAUCUGAAUGAGAAGAAGUGGCUGGAUGAGAAGGUGCAGAUUGUGAUGAAGCGGGGGAUGAAGCGGUUGGCCGGGAGGGUGUUGCUGUGGGUUUUGAUGCCGCUGGUGGUGGCGAGCUUGGUCUAUCGGGCGCUGUAGGGGGGUUGAGACUUGGCUACAGCAAGCGUAUUUCCCUUAGCUAAUGAUUCCAAAAACUUUCUAUUUAUCAAGACCAUUGGCAUAGUUGUUAAUAGGCUAUUUGAUGAAGACUCCGAGGAGGCCUUUGAUGGAGUACGGGAGGAUAUAGCGCGCAGAAGAGCCUUCACCACAGAAGCGGCAUUUGGUUCUUCUCAGGGACUCGCGAUCAUGCCAAUCGUCAACAUUGAAU